AUCGCAAAUGCUAUAAUUUUUGUAAUAAUAAUAUUUCUAAUGAUAAAAUGUUAAAAAAUCAACAUAAAGCUAAUUAUGAAUCAAAUAGAAAACUUCAACAGACUGCUUUAUCUAAAUGUAAUGUAAAAUCAUUACAAAAAAAAUCUUUGAAAAUAAAAGCACAUAAAAAUAUGAAGCAAUCACAAGCAAAUAAAAUUCAUGACUUAGUUGAUUCCAAAUCUGAAAAUGGUUGCAAUAUACAAAUACAAAAGAAAAAUAAUUGUAAAGUUAGUAAAUCUAUUACAACUAGAAGAUCAAACAAAGAUGUUUAUACAGAAUGCAAAAAUCAAAGAACAGUAAAAUCAAUAUGUUAUUUAGAAAUGAAAAAAAAGAAACCAAAAAAAAUGUACCAUAGAAUAAAAAAAUACAAACAUCAUAUUAAUAAAUUAGGGAAAAAUAAAUAUUGUAAAAAAAUAUUAAAUAAAGAAAAUACAAAUAAGUUUUCCAAAAUUACAGUGCUUCGUUCAAAGAAAAAUGAUAUCAAAAUAAAUAAAGAUAUAGCAAAGCAUAAAAACUUUUUAAAUACUAAAAAGUUAAUAAUACCUUUAACAAAAAUAGAUGAUCUUCCUUUAUCUGAAUUAUCUAAAAUAAUUCCAGACUAUGUUGCAAAUAAAUUAAAGAAACAAGAUAAUAAGGGAAUAUAUUAUGAAACAAAAGAUAUCAUAAAAACACAAUGUUGUUCAUACAAACAAUACAGAACUACUGAAUUGAAACAAAAUGAAGAAAUAAAUGUAUUAUAUCAUAAAUCAGUGUUUGAAAAAAAAUGUACGGAAUUCAAAGAAAAUAUAAUGGAAGGAAUUGAUACAAAUAUAACAAAUAUAAAAUUUGAAAGAAAUACAUAUAAAAUGUCUUUACAAAAUGAAAUUAAUAACAUAGAAAUAUUACAAGAUAAUGAACAUAAAUUAGAAAACAUAAAUUUAUUAGAAAAUAUUUUAAAAUUUUUUUUAAAAACUAAAGACAAUAUGAUAAAUAGAAAAACACGAUAUAAAUUAAAAAUUCAAAAAUUGCAUGAACAUGGGAUAAUAAAAAGUUUAGCAAUAUGUAAUAAAUGUAAAGAAAUUAUUAAUCUUUUACAACAAUUUUCAAAUAAAAUAAAUUUUAUAAAUGAUGAAAAAUUAUGUAUUGAAUGUACAUUAUGUAAUUUACAAAUUAAUUCUUUAUCUCAUUUUCAAGAACAUUUAAUGAAUAUACACUUAAAAUGUGAAAAAGACAUAUUACUCAAAAAAGAUAAAUUUGCAGUUAUUAUUAUUAAUUUCAACAAACAAUUAAAUUUAAAUAAUAAUAAUCAAUUUAUUUUUGAAUGCUGUUGUUGUUCAAAAAUAUUUGAUCAUAUGAGUAGUUUUGAAGAACAUGUUAAAAAAUAUCAUGAUUUUAAUUACUGUAUAAAAAAAAAUAAAGAGACAAAACAAAUAGUUAAAAAUUCUGAAUCAUGUACUACAUUUCAAGAUGAACCAAAAUUUAAAACAAAUCAUAUUUUUGAUAUUACUACUAAAGCAGUUGAAAUUUCUAAUCUAGGAAAAAAAAUUGACACACAACAUAAUAAUCAUAUAAAUGAGUUUUGUAUUAAUACAAAAAAAAUAAAUUUUAAGAACAAUAUAUAUUAUAAUUCAAAUAAUAAAAAUUUAUUAUCAAAAGUAAAAAUAAAAGAGAAGCAAAUAAAUGAUAAUCAAAUAAUGCAGAAAAUUCCAAAAAUAAAAGAUAUAAAAAAAUUAAAUAUUGAUGAGAAAUAUUCAAAUAAUAUUACAAUCAUCUCAGAGUCAAAUUCAAAGUCACAUCAAAAUCAAAACUCUAAUUCUUUUAAUAAUUAUUUUAAUCAAAAAUAUAAAGAUAGAAAAUGUAAAAAAACUUUUUUUAUUACUUGUAAUAUUUGUUCUAAAAAAUAUAAAAGAAAAUAUAUGUUCUUAUCUCACAUGUCUACACAUGUAAAUAAUUCUCAUGCUGAUAUGUAUAAAAGACAAAAAAUACAAGAAAGUAAAAAAGCAAUAAAAUAUGAAAAUGAUUUAAUUUUACAAAAUGUAAAUUCUAAAAAUUCUAAAGAUCAUAUUAAAACUUUUAAAAAUAAUAAUAUAAUAAAUUCUAUUAUAAAUUUAGAAAAACCAAAUCAAAACAUUUCAAUUCAAUCAGAAAUAAUUGAUAAAAAAAUUAAUGUUAAAAAUGAAAAUAUGGAAUAUGUUAUUAAAAAAGAUAAUAUUAUGAAUGAAAAUGAUAAUUGCAAUUAUACAUUGAAUAUAAAUCUUACACAAAAAACAAAAGAGGGUAUAAAAAAACAAAAAUUAAUUAAAUUCAAUAUGAAUAUUGCAAAAAAAUAUACAACAAAUACUACUAGUAAAGAAAAACUUAUAGAAAAUAUAAUUGAAAAUAAAUUUCCAAUAAAUUUUAAUAGAAAUUCUAAUUUUGCUAUAAACAUAAGUAAAAAUAAUAAUAGUUAUAAUUUAACAGAACUAUAUUGCAAUAUAUGUGAUAAAAAAUUUAAUUCUUUAACAAUAUUAAGAGAACAUAUGUUUUUACAUGAUUCUUUAUUUGAAAGUUCACAAUUUCCAAAUUCACUAAUGAUACCAUAUUUUAAUAAUCCUCAUAAAAUAAAAAAUCUAUCUAGAAAAAAUACUUAUAUAUCUAGAAAGGAAAAUAAUGUGUUAUUGAAAAUAAAAAUAUUAAAAAAAAUUCUACAAAAGCGAAAUAAAGUACAUGAGAAAACAAUUUAUCAAAUUCCUAAUAAGAAUAUAAAUAAAAAAAAUAGAAAAUGGCGUUGUAGUCCAUGUAAAGAAAAUUUUGCAUUACUUCGAAAUUAUUUACGACAUAAAUAUUAUUGUCAUAAUGAUGAAUCUGUAAUUCAUAUUUGUGAUAAUUGUAAUAAAAUUCUUACUUCAGUUGCAAUGGUGAAUAUUCAUAUAUGCACUAAUGUUACUUCUUGGAAUUGUAAAAGAUGUAAUCUUAGUUUUCCUAAUGCCAUAUCUUUAACACAACAUAAUAUGAAUACCCAUUUAGAAACUAUAGGUCCACAUAAAUGCAAGAUAUGUAAAUUAAGUUUUCUUACAUUAUAUAUGUUAAUAAGACAUGAAACCAUACAUUCAACGAAUAAUGAUAAUAAUUCCAGUAAUAAUUUAGACAACUUUAUAGAUUUCUCUGCAUCUGCAAAAGAUUCUUUAUCUCAUACAGUAUAUAAUGUAAAUGUUAAUACUGAAUUUAAUGAAAAAGAAUCACAAUUAUCAGAUAAUAAAGAUAUCUUUGCUAUACAUAAUGAUACAUUUUUAAAACAAUUAGAUAAAUUGAAUGGAAAACUUUCAAAAUUGAAUAUUACAUCUAAUAUAUUAUAUAAUAAUGAAAAAAUACUUGAGUGUAAAAAUUGUAACAUAUCAUGUGAUACGACAUUACAAAUGAAACUCCAUUUAAAAAAAUGGCACAAAUGGAACAAAUGUGAAAUAUGUAAUAAUUUAUACCUUACAUAUGAAUUAACAAAUCAUUUAAUAUUUCAUCAUAUUGUUUUUGAUUUAUUUUAUAAAAAAAACAAUAUUCAAUCAACUCAUGAAAAUAUAAAUUUUCAAAAUGAUAUAAUAGAAAUUCUUGGAAUGAAACGUUUGCUAUCUCUUUAUGAAUAUGAAAGAUUUAGUAAUAUAAAAAGCAAAUAUUUCAAUUGUAUAAUAUGUUCAAAACAAUUUUCAAAUAUUCAAUGUUAUAAAAUUCAUUAUUUGAAAUAUCAUGAUACAAUAUGUUUAUUAUGUAAUAUAGAAUUUAAGUAUAAUUUUGAAGCAUUUGAACAUAAAAUUAAAAUUCACAAAAAUGUUGAUUUAUAUCUCUGGGUAGUACAAAUAUUACUAUUAGCUAUUUUACAAUUAAAUAAAUAUGGAAAAACUAUUGAAGAAGUGAUAUUAAAAUAUAGUGAAAGU